CUAUCAAACAAUUUCAAGGUGUUUUAUGGUAUGCUUUGUAUUUUUUAAGCAUUUUACCUGUAAAAGAAUAUGCUUUAAUCAUUAGAAAUGUCAUUAAUGACAUGUCAUGAUAAUCCAAAGCAAUGUCAAAUAAUUGAAUUUAAACCUUUUAAUACAGUUUAAUUGGCCGAAAUAGAUACGUACACCAACUUCUAGAAGUUUAAUAAGAACUACACCGAAGCUGCACCAUGAAAAGCAUUGUUUGCUUGGUAUAAAGACUAACCACGUAUACCAUUCACGUGAAAUACUGAUGUGGCCCAAUGAUAGUCGUUUACACUAAGGUCUAUCAAAUUUAGUUACUUUUUACGAUAAACAAAUGGUAUAGUGUUCUCCAAAAUAUAUCUAAGAUGGCCUAUCAAACUCUUCUCCAAGAAUAUAUGCUGAUACCUCCUGUGACCAGAGCAUACACUACAGCCUGUGUUGUCACUACUUUAGCUGUUCAACUGGAUCUUGUUUCUCCAUUUCAGCUAUAUUUCAAUCCAAUCUUGAUACUAAAAAGAUACCAACUAUGGAGACUAAUAACAACAUUCCUGUUCUUUGGGAAUUUAGGAUUCAAUUUCUUUUUCAACAUGAUAUUUACAUAUAGAUACUGUCGAAUGCUAGAAGAAGGGUCUUUUAGAGGAAGAACAGCUGAUUUUGUUGUGAUGUUCAUGUUUGGAGGUGUUCUCAUGAUUCUAUGUGCAUUCUUCGUUAAUUUAUUAUUUUUAGGUCAAGCAUUCACUAUCAUGAUUGUGUAUGUUUGGUCUCGACGUAAUGUGUUUGUGCGAAUGAACUUUUUUGGGCUAAUGAACUUUCAGGCUCCUUAUUUGCCUUGGGUAUUACUUGGCUUUUCUGUCCUGCUUGGUAAUUCAAUAUCAGUAGACCUAGUUGGGAUGGCCAUUGGUCAUGUAUAUUUCUUCAUGGAAGAUAUCCUACCACGCCAACGUGGAGGGUACAGGAUAUUAAAGACACCAAUGUUUCUGAAAAAACUGUUUAACCCUCGAGAAGAGUACGAACCUUUGCCUGAAUUGGCCCAUAUCAGGCCUGGUGGAUUUGACUGGCGCCGACGUGAGGAUGAUGAUGAAGACAACAGGUAAACAACACCUCCAUGAUGAAGCAAAUGCCAAACAUAGGGUAAAUGGUUAAUAAUAAUUUUAUCUUUAGGAUGAGAUGUAUCAGUGGUAAUGUAUAAAUAGUUAUUGAGAUGUUCUAUUUUGUAUGAGUUUUAAAUUAGGACUGCACAAAAUGCAAUAAAUAUUUUUUCUGCUUUUCGCCAAUAAACCUAACCUCUGGGAAGUGUAAUUGUUAGCACUGUAACUGUAAGUCAAACAAACAUGUAGGUACAAAUAAAUUAAAAUAUCCAUACCUUUUAUUCAUCCAUACUAGUUUAACUUUUAAUGAAUGUAUUUAAUAGAUAUCAGUUUUUGUGAAUACAUACAUUAUCAUAUUAAAUAAAGAUUUUGAUUUUU